AUGGCAGACAACAAGCACACGGGCACCGGCGAAGGCCCGCAACCGACGACGACAGAAUACAAAAAGUCGCAAGCGCGCGUGCGAGAAUUGGUCGAGAAGCGCCGCCUUUUAGAAAGACGCUUGAACCAAGUCGAAGAGGGCAUCGUCCAGAAGGAGUCUGCCUAUUUGGAGAACACGCCGAGCGGUAAUAUCAUAACCGGGUUUGAUAAUUAUAUGAAGGGCAUCAGCGGCGCUGCAGCGCAGCGUCGCAAGACGGGCCCUAUGGAUCAGAACCGCGUGUUUUCGCGAUCUUCCAUUUCAUACCGGCCCAACGUCAGUGAAUCAGCAACGCCGGGAUCAACACCGGGGUCAGCCGCGCCAACACCCGUCUCUGCAUCCUUUUCCGGCUCGACGCCCAACGCUGGUGGUGGCACCAAGAACUCCAAGAAGAAGAAGCAGCAGCUGCAGCAGCAAGAAACCGAAGACAGCGAGACCGAUGCGGCUACAACGAAGAAGCGCACCGCCUUUGGCGCGUCGAGAAAGUAG